AUGGCGGGGGCGGGGCAGGGCGGGGCGGGGCGGGGCAGGACGCCCACGGAGGGGCACGGGAGGGCGGUGGCGGUGGCUGUGGCGGUGGCUGUGGCUGUGGCUGCCCGGAGCCGGGCGCUGGGAGCGGUCCCGCAGCGCGGAGCGGAGCGCACCAGAGGCCCCUCAGCUCUGAGGCGCUCCGAGCGCCCUCACCCUGCCGGCCACGCCCCCGCGCCUCAUUUGCAUAGCCGGGUGGUCCCCACGCUCGUGUCGGGUCCCCUGCUGCCACGGAGCCUCCCCCUCUUCCCCAUUCCCCUCCCUGCUCUGACCAAGGCAGAAUGGGUUUGCAGGAAGGCCUGGGAGGGCUGCAGAGCUGCCAUGGAAGCCAGCGCUUCCCUCUGGCACAGCUACCUGGGGGUGAUCGUGUCCCGCGAGAGGCAGCGCGUGGAGCACUUCCAGCGGGCCGAGGACAUCCUGCUCACCCUGCUGGAGAGCGUCCACGCCAGGGAUCCCCGCUUCCUCGUGGACUACGCCCGGAACCUGGAAGCCUUCGAGUUCGCUCUCUGUGCCUCUGAGGACGCUGUCACCCUGGAGGUGCCCCUGCGCAUUGACGGCGAUACCCUGCGUGUGCUGGCGUGCCCGAGCGGGGACAGCCCGGGCCGGCAUCCUUCGGAGCUCAGCACCUGCUGCCUGCAAGUGCUCUCUCCAGGGACUGACGUGGAGGACUGGACUGGUGUUGUGGACGUGAUGGAGCACGGAGGGGGUGCGGGGUGCCUGCUUCCAGGCAAAAUCCUCCAGCACCUGAAAGAGCUCCUUGUUUCAGCCAUCGUGCACUGCCAACGCCUCUUCCUGCUCCAGCCAGGUGACAUCAGCGCUGAGAACCUGCGGGAAGAUGCCAUGGAGCUCUCCCUGCUGAUCCGCGGCAGCUGGAAGGCCAUUCGCUUUGACAUCGUUCCUGUGCUGAGGAGGCAGCAGGAGCCGCUGCAGCUCCGGAGGCGGCAGGAAUGCAGGGGCUUCCCCGAAGGCAGCCUCAGGAGGGCCACAGAGCAGGCUCACUUUGUCCCUGCCUCUCCCCACUGCUGGAGAUCCUCCAGCCACCUUCCCAUCCUGAAGCUGCUCCGAGGAGUGGACACCCUGAAGGGGCCCCGUCUGGACAGCCUUCGCCUGCUGGACCAGCUCCGUGACCAGGACUGGGGAGGGCAGGCUGGCAAGGGCACUCUCACUUUCCAGCACCUCAAGAUGGUGUUGCUGUGGAGCACGGAGCUCUUCCCCUCCCCGGAGGACUGGCAGGACCUGGAGGGCUCUGUCUACAGGCUCUUGGUGGUCCUUCUCCGCUGCCUGGCCACCCAGCACCUGCCCCACUUCCUGAACCCAGAGGAAAACCUCUUCCAAGGAGCUGCCCCAGACCUUGCCUCCCUCUACCAUAAAGUGGAGAGCUUUGCCUGGGACCCCCAGCGCUUCCUCCGCUUCCAUUUUGGCCUCCACGGGUUCAGUGGCAGCUGCCAGGCAGACAAGGAGACCCGAGCCCUGCUGCAGCUCCCCAAGGAUGGGUCCUGCUGGGACACAGCCUACUUUGACGUGCUGCUCAACCAGUUUCAGGUGUACCGGAUCCAGGACAGCGCGCGCCGCUCUGCAGCGUCCCAGCUCCUCUCCAGGAUCCGCCAAGAAAUCCCUCAGCAGAGCUGA